GUGAUGUGAAAUAAUAUGAAGCAGCCUGCAGCAAGCUGUCCCUCUAUGCUGCUGAUGCGAUGCAAUAUGGGCGAAAUCAGGGAGAAUAUAUUAUAAUAACAGUAUAAUUCUAUUGACUUUGGGGUACUGGUCAAUGGAGCAUAAAUUAAAUAUGGUUAUGUGCAUUAUCUCUUUACAAUUUACGCGCGUUUUUUUACAUUAUUUUCUUUGAUCUUUCGUUCAUAGUAAAUAUUGAGAUAUGAGAGUAAUAUUAUUUAUGUUCUAAGUGUGAGGGCUUAGAAUUUAGAUCAUAGUGUUGUACGAAAUACGACUUGAUUCUAUACUCUAUUAUGUUUUGUUUAUAAGUUACAGAUUUAUUACAGUGAUUCCAUUUUGAAUCUUAGAGUUUUAUGGUAAAAACAAUAUUAAAACCGUCUUAAUAUAUAAACUAUAGUGUUAUGGCUCCUCGAGGCAAAAAGCCAAAAGUAAAAAAUGAAGAAGAAAACACAGAGUUGUUUGAAAAAAAUCGUUUUAUCAUUUUGCCUGAUGCUUUAGCAAAAGAUGAAAAUAUUGAUCGACAAUUUAUAAAACUGCGUCAUCCUCAAACUAGUGAAUUGGCUAUAUUUGUGUAUUCAGGAAAUGAUAAAACUCUUGCCCAGAUGCGAUCCUUACCGCUUGGUCAUAGGUCAUUUUUCAAAGGCAAUGAUGUCAUUCCUGUUGAUAAGAUUGAUUUUGUAACAUUAGUUGAUCCUACGUUUCUUUUUUUACCAUAUUUUGUCAAAUGUUCUUCUAUGUUCUGUCCAUUGGAUCAAAUUUUAGUGGAUGAACAUCUUCCAGAAAUAAAUAACCUACUAAUGAAACUAUCGGAAUUGACCAAUUUAAAACAAAUUGCUACUAAAAAAGAAGUUGGAGAUUUAAUUUUGUGGCAAUAUAAUGAAAACAAAACUUUGGAAUGGCUAACACCUAAAAUAGAAAGAGUAUCAAAAGUUUUAGUGGCACAACAAAUAAAUGUAAAUCAAAAUGCAGCCAUUUCAUCCUCAUUUAAAGUGUGCGAGACAAGCAUUCAAGCAACUGACGAACAAUACAAAAGGUAUGCAUACAAUAUAAUUUCGGAAUAUUUACCCAUUGAUAUUCAAAAAUCAUUGUUGAAACAUCUGGGGCUCCCAGAUAUAGUAGAAUGUAAUAAACGUAAAGCCGAUGAAAAUAAAAGUGAUGUAAAUAAAAAGGUAAAACACAAAGAAGUUGAAUAUGAUGAGGUGCCUUUUCAAGUUAUAAAGAAUGUCACUCCAAAAUUAACAGCUAAAGACAAAGCAUUAAAAAAAGCUGCAUCAGGAACAAAAUCUAUAUCAUCAUUUUUUAAAAAAAGUGCCUAAUUUUGUAUUUAUAAUGGCAUAAUGUGUAUUUAGUUCUUUAUUUGUGAAUUAAAAAUUAACAUUUUUUCAAUAAAAUAUGUACAUAGUAUUUGUAAGAGUUUAUUCAUGAUUGUCUUCAUAAAAAUUAAAUAAAUUAAAUAUUAAAUUUA